AUGGGUUGUUGUGGAUUUCGAAGAAAGUUACCCAGCGUUAGCGCAGAGCAGAAAUGGGAAUAUAUUAAUCUCGACGACUUCCAUUCCACCACAUGCUGGACACCUCUAUCCUACGGCGUCUUGUACAUCUCAAUCCUCAUCUCUAUCGCCGUCUAUGCCGUUGACACCUUCACCGCUGUCAAUUUACUUGCUUUUGACAGAUGGAGUGGCCAAAUCAAGCCUUACAUCCCAAUGAAAUAUUCUCGGUGGAUAUUUGCAGGCUGUAUCAUCCUAUCUUUCGUCUUUCUAUUCUUUCGAUGGCUGCGGGCGAUCCGUGUCAUGAAAGGAGGUGGAGUGGCUGAGAGCUACCUCGAUCCUUUGGCAGUUUGCAUCCAGAGUGUGAGGGUAGGAAAGGAAGGAAGAGGUUGGAAGCGCUUCUUGGUGUUUGCGGAGCUCUCCAAGGGCAAGAGAGGCGCUGAUUACGUUGCACUCUUCACGCAUUAUUCAUUCGAAGCCUGGCUUCGGAUACUCUUCGCUGAAGGACCACGACAAGUCAUAAAUGCACUCACCCUGUACUCGGUCAUGCAGUUGAACCUCAUUCCGACCGGGGAUAAUGCAGCCAAAGACGGUCACACCCCUAUUGCUCAGUUUUUUGUCAAUGUCCGAAUCCUUGCCGAGAAAUCCGGGAGAGAACAAGCCGUGAUUCUAUUCGGCAUGUUGUUCACCCUUGUCAUCUGGGUCAUUACUUUGGUCAAUCUGAUGGUUGCAGUCGUGCUAUAUCUAGUGUUCCUUUUCCACCACAUCCCCAGCAGCGAUGGAGGUCUUAGUGGUUACUGCCGACGCAAGAUCAAUCAGAGUAUGGAGAAGAUUGUACGGACAAAGGUCGAAAAAGCCUUGAAGAAGGAAAAUGCUAUACGAGCAAGACAGGAAGCAAGAGAGGGAGAAGGUGUUUUGAAGCGACAGCCAACACUACCUGAUCUUGACACGUUCGCCUCCACCAGUGAUGACACACCACCUCCUCUACCUCGCUUCGAUACUCCAACAGCGUUAUCGGAGUAUGGUUCACGACCAGGCACAAUCUCCAGCAGUGCUUUAACAUCGCCCUCAAGUCUAGAGCGGCAGCCCACUCUUCCCGAUCUCGACCCGGCUGAUUUCCACCCGGGACCACUUAAUCGAGUAGAUACCAACACAUCCUUCGCUUCGAAUGCGCCUCUUAUGGGCGGUGCUGGUGGGAUGGGUUAUGGACCCGCUGGACGCCUACAAAGUCCUGGCGAUAUCCCAUCCCCACAAAGCUAUCAUUCGAGGUCAGCAUCGAACAGGUCAUACGCUAGCUAUUCGCAGACCACCCAGCGUAGCUAUACGCCAGGGACUGGGCAACGACCUAGUAUUGGCCAUCCUAACCGCUCCGCUCCCGGGGUAUAUCAGAUGGGUUCAGUGUCACGUUCGGGUACAGAUGUGGGUGGAAGACCAAUACCCGGAGAGCAAAGCAAUCCCUAUUUCCCGCCUAGCUUAGGUCAUCCGGCUCAAGGCUCGACAAAUACUUCUGGCAGUGGUUUCAUGCCGUCCCACACCUCAAGAGCCCCUUCAUCUACUCGGUCGAUCACAUCAGCGACACCAUCACAUAGCCGGCCCUACGCACAACCAGCUCUACCUAGCCUCCACACCCAUACGUCAUCAAAUAGUGGGGGAUAUCGAAGCUACAGUGCCAGUUCCUACUCUCCUGCACAGUCCACCUUUACGCCACACACUCCGUAUCGCUCUUUUACGCAGCCGAACAUCUCAGCGACGUCCCCUGACUAUUUUAGCCCACUAACUCCUCGAUCACCUGCCUCAGGAUAUGCUGCCCAACAACAACAGAGGCACAUACCUCCCAGCCAGAGACCAGGAACAGCACCUCCGACAAACCGACAAACUGCGCCAGUGGCUGAUAAUGUGAUGGAGGACAUUAUGAAUGGCUAUUGA